CCCAAAGGUUAAAUGAUACAACGUGACCCUGAGUACACAGUUUAUUUUCCAAUUUGUAUCAACUCCCCAUCCCCCGGCACUAUAGUCAUCAAGAUAUUAAGUAUGAUCCAUGUAUUGUCUGUUUUCUGCUCCUUGAGGUUCAGAUUAUUCCUGAAACACAUGGUACAUUACAAAUGUUCCCUCUUCUAAACAGUAGGUGUCAGCAUAAGUCAUAAAAGGACAAAGAAGCUUUUUUUAAUUUCACCACGAAACGAUCCACGUAAUGCGCCUAUUGUAUUUCCCUCUCGUUCGUUCUCCUUGAACUACACGUGACACACACAGAAUGAAUGGUCACAUGUUGGUUUGUUUUCAUUUCCGCUAUGUGUGUUACCACCUGUGGCCAGCAGGCGGCGGCGCAGCGCUGUGGUUUCGCCUCGCGGUCCUAAACCUUUAUCUGUGCGUGCAGCGUCUCUUAUCGCUCGAGAAGACACUGACGAAAGAAGCCACACGUUUUCCUGUCUCAUUCGUUUCCGUUUUUCUCAGGUCAGUAGCUGAUAAAGUGCACGUAAUACAAUUGAUGACAUUGACACUUUGUUCUAGAAAUAACAUUUCAACCUUUCUAAACAUUUUUUUGGGAUUACUUUACGUUUGAAGAGACUGACUGUCAAGAACUAACGUUAGCUAGGAUAAUGGAAGCCCUCUGUGACCUCCAUUGUUUUACAUUUUACCGUUCCUUUACGAUUAAACUAACCAAUUUGUUAAGUCCAAACCGACCUACUAGAACAUAAGUGUGUUAAAUCAAUGUGUAACGUUAUUUAAGACUUAUGAAUGUUUGCUAGCAUGUGUUAGCGGUUUGCUGUACAAGCGAAGCAGAGUCGCCAUCUUUUAUGGUAUCUUUCUCACAUACGCCACAGUGCCAUUUGCGCACAUGGCACGUGCCAAAGUGCUGUUAAGCAAGUCAAGAACUUGGAGUGAGAUUUUGCCGCGCACGCAGUCGCACACGUUGGUGGCUCAAAUAUUAGGGAAUUGGAAUUGAUUUUUGGGUGGUAUGCUAAAGAUGUGCAAUACCUGAACUUAUUCAGCUUAAUAUUCAUCUGAUCUGACUUGUAGGACCUUCUAGACUUAAGCUGAACAUUCAACCAGAAAGCUAUUGUUGUGCCUCAAUGACUGUUUAUGUACCACAACAUAGAUCUGUCAUAUAGACCUGUGUUUGAGAUUUGACCACGGUAGGUUGAUUGAUAUUUUCAUUACAAUGGUAUUCAACCAAUACAUAACCUAAAACCUUAACCUGACCUAUAUUGUUAAUAUAGAUAUAUUGAUGUAGGUUCAGCAAAAAAAUUACACAAGCUAAGUUAGGGUGAAAUAGUUUUCAUUUCAAACAACUUAAGGGGGACCAGUACGUUGUGGUGGAACUUCAAGCACUAUGUUGGACCAUCUGGAGAGUCAGGCCCUCAAAGUCUGCGUGGAGCUGGAAAGACGAGGUCUACCCUACUGCGGCGGCCUUGGGAAAAUACAUGAUGAUGGCGGCAUGAUUUGGAUAGAGCAGGUCAUCACUCGAUGAGGACAACGUCCAGCUGGAAGAAGACGUGCAGAAGCGUUUCUCAGAAGUGGACGUGAGGAUGGGACAGACUUUGUUUGGUGUGUUGGGGCUUUGGUUGCUGAAUAUUCUCUACUGUGGACACGCUCAAGAUGCUUUGCUGCAUAUUGAGCCAAACCGAUCCACUUUAUUUACUAAAGAGACCGUUACCUUCAUAUGUGACCCAGGGGACGCAAAGGACACUUACUGGUCUUACUUAUUCAGGAGGAAUGGUGCUCCAAUUACCACCCAGACACAAGUAAAUAGAUAUAAAUUAUCACCUCUAUCUAAAGGAAAUAGUGGUGAAUAUCAGUGUGUCGCUCAUCACAAGAUCACUCCCUUCGUUACAAGAGAAAGUAAUAAAGUCUCUUUAACUGUAUCAGAUGCUUUGCUGCAUAUUGAGCCAAACUGGUCCCCGUUAUUUACUGGAGAGACUGUUGCCUUCAUAUGUGACCCAGGGGACGGAAACGACACUGACUGGUCUUACUUAUUCAGGAGGAAUGGUUAUACAUUUACCACAGAGAGACACAACAGAUAUACAUCACCAUCUCUAUCUAAAGGAGAUAGUGGUGAAUAUCAGUGUGUUGCUCAUCACAAGUUCCCUCCCUACGUUACAAGAGAAAGUAAUAAAGUCUCUCUAACUGUAUCAGAUGUCCCUCGGCCCGUCCUCACAGUGUCUCCAUCCUGGACGAGUCCUGGAGGCUCAGUGACUCUGACCUGCAGUGUUGAACCUCCGUCUGCAGGAUGGAGGUUCUUCUGGUAUCAGGCCGCUCACAAACUGUCACUCGACUCCUACACCUAUGAGCUUCUACCUGGUAUCACCACUGGGACUGAACAGGAUUCCUACAUUCUUCAUGGACAGACACACACACCUCACAGACUGCAGCACUUCAGCACAGAGUCACUGACGCUGAGCUGUGAGGGAACCUCUACUGAGUGGAGAGUGAUGUGGAUGGAUGAAGACGGCAUCACGCUCUCCUGUUCUGACAGGUGGAAAAUGACUGGAUCCACAUGCAACACCGACACUGCAGCGAUGAGUGGAGUGUACUGGUGUGAGUCUGAAACACAGUUCAGCAAUGCAGUCAACAUCACCAUACACAGUGGUGAUGUCAUCCUGGUGAGUCCUGUCCGUCCUGUGACUGAAGGACAUUCGGUCACUCUUGGCUGCAAGUUGAGGACAGAAAACCUUCUUUAUAAUGUGGAUUUCUAUAAAAAUGACAAACUCAUCCCAAAUCCUAGCAGAGGGGAGCUGCUUAUCUCUGCAGUCAAAGAGUCAGAUGAAGGUUUUUAUAAAUGUAGUGGAAGUAAAUCACCUCAAGGUUUGGAGAAUGUGACCUCAGCAGCGAGCUGGUUGUCAGUGAAAUAUCCUGAAGAAACAGCUUCAAGCUCUGUGUUUCCCGUGCUGUUGGUUGUUGGUCUGAUUUCUGGAGUUUUACUUACUCUCGUGCUGCUGUUUCUGCGUCGCUACAGAAAGUCAAAAGGUUCACGCGUCAGCAGGUCUCAGAGGACCAAUCAGAGCCCAGCUACAGACCACAUGAUCAACCAGGGUGAUACUCAAGACGGACAUUACGCUCCUCUUCAACCUGGUGAUUCUUGUCUCUAUGAAAUGAUCGAAGGCUCUGAAGAACCUAAACAUGGAACGGAUGAUGAACCAGACGAGAACAUUUACGCAAAUGUGACGAUGGAAACAGCUGCAGAUGGAUAAAAACAUCUGCAUGGACAGAACCAGGGGAACGGAUGAUGACAUGAAAAACCACAUCUUUGUCUUUUUGAGUAAUUAUUGUGUGAACUUCUUUCCUUUAUAUGAGAGUAUUUUCUAGUUAACCCAUCAGCAGAUCAUUUAAAGGAAAUGCAUCAUAUGUCUUUAAAAGUUUUACUGAAAAAAGCAGAUUAUUAUACUUACUAAAAUGUUGGUGUUGAGUGUUUAAUGUACAUAUCGUGUAAAUGUAUAAUUUUUUCUCUUCAGUCACUUUGUUUUUAAAGCUUUUUUGAAUGAAGUCAUGUUUGAAAAGCAGAAAAAAGCAGUAUGACGUCUUUGAGCUUCAGUACGUUGGUGAUAUUAUUCAAUAUGAAGUUGUCUUUUAUUUCUGAUUAAUAAAAGCUUUACACAUUUAGUUAAUGAAAAAACAAACAAAUAUGUAAUAAUUCAAAUUAUUGUAUUAUAUUAGCAAUAUUCCUAUUAAAGUAUACAUACCUCA